AUGGAGAAUAUUCUGAACAAGAUUUACCAAAUUAUCGGGAUAUUCAAGAAGCACGGGGCCAUUCCAUCGUACGUCAUAUCACUCGCAGACGAUGAGAGGGCGGAGAUGGUCUCCGUAUCAGUGAAAAUGAGUCGCAUUAUUGAGAUGGGCGCAUUCUUCGAGGGCGACUUCAUUCAGGUCACCAGGGACAGCGAGAGCGGGAUUGAGUUCGUGAUAUGCGGCGAUGAAAGCAGGCACUUUGCAACCGCAGUCGACGUAGCCAGGAUACGCGAGGAAAAUAACCAGCUUGAAUUUCUAUUGGACCUGAAUUUGACCAAAUUUCUGAAUGACACACUUCCUGAAAGCAGGAACUGUGGCGUGGCCUACAAUGCAUCAGGCGCACUGGUUCCAACCAGAGAGGAGCACGAUCCGAUCUACUUCGAGCCAGUUCGUCUGAAUGGGUCAUUUGUUGGAAAAUACCGAAUUCAGGGGCUGAAUAACGAGGAAGUUGGAAACCUCCAGGCGCGUGUCACUGGUGCAUUCAUAGGCAGAAUAGUCCAGAAAACACGAAUCAACAUCUACCCACACGCCUACAACCCGUUCUGCUUUGCGAUAGUCACGGCCAACAACGUCUUUGUGAAACUGGUCUUCUGGAAGGAGCAUCUUACGCUCUACUCGUCGCUGCAGGUGGGCGACUCGGUCUACGUGAAGUCGUUUUCACAGCGAUCUGCGAGCAACGUGCCUGAUAAAAUCAUCUACGGCACAUUUACAGAAAGCUGCUACUUCAAGGUGAAAGAAAUCACCCCUAAGGAAGUUUUCAAGGUGUUUCCCAGGAGACCAAUUGGCCAUAGGGAAAUCAGACUGUUGGAUACAAUCAGAGGAAGAGUGGUCUACUCCUCUGUCACACUCAGACAGACCACCAAACACGUCUACCAGGAGUAUCUGCUCCUCAGAAUGGAGGAUGAAGACGGAAACGUGUUUUCUGUCUUAUUGCAGAAUAAUUCACAAGAGGACUUCUACAGACUCAGAAACAGGGUGGUUGAGCUGUGUGAGAUGAGGAGGAUCCAUAGGGGCGGAGCAGAGCUCUAUAUCAGCUCAAUAUACACGAGAAUAAGGAUAGAGGACGAUGGUGGCUGUAGGACGUACUAUAAUGCGGAAGAGAACAGAAUGGUACGAAGGGAGAGAAGGAGUCGCUACAAGGAGGGCGCAAUUGGGUAUCUUCCUGAUAAUUUUGGUAGAGUUGAGGAGUUAGAGGGAACUACUGAAAUAUUCAGGGGCGUCCACAAACAGGUUGACCUGUUUUAUGCGCCAGUUCAAACGACGGCUGAGGAGCUUUUUAAGGCGGUAGAUGAGCAGGGGCCGAAUGAGAGCAGAAGCACCGUCUACAGCCUGGCCAUAAAUGAGGUGAAGAAGUUCUACUUUCAGGGGGUUGUGAGAGGAGUCGAUGAAACAGAGACGUACGUCGACUAUCUGGCUGAGAACGAAGGCAGUGGCACCGUUGUGGAGAGCCAGAGACUGCUUCGCGUCUCUCUUGCUGGAGACUAUCGAGUCUAUUACGCCGAAAACAUGUUUGUUGAGUCUGAGGAAGACUGGCUCCGACUUCUGGUGAAUAGAGAGGCACUGCUGUUUGUGGAUGCCCUUCGCGUAUCCUCAGACGAAGUCCUCGUCUACCUGACUGGCGGACUGCCCACAAACGAGUCACAAUAA